GUUCACCUUAAGUUAGAGAGCAAAUGGGAAUCCUAAUCAAGAAAAUCCUUUCUCUUCUCUUCAUCUACCCUCUAAUAUUAGCUUCUGACUGCGAAUUUUCUUGGUGUGAAAGCAUGCUCAUUCGUUUCCCCUUUCAACUACAAAGCAACCAGCUUCAACGUCCUUAUUGUGGUUACCCUGGUUUCAAAUUAAUCUGCACCAAUGACGCCAAAACAGUUCUAGAUCUUCCAUUCUCUGGAGAAUUCUAUGUACGCAACAUAAACUAUCUAACACAGCAGAUACAAAUCUAUGACCCUGAUCAGUGCCUUCCAAAACGUCUUCUAAGCCUCAAUCUUUCGGGUACCCCCUUCAUUGCCAUGUUGAGUCGCAACUACACUUUCUUAAGCUGCAAUUCUCGCAACGCAGCGCCGCGGUCCGUUCCCAUUGAUUGCCUGAGCAAUUCAACAUAUUUUGUAUCUGCUGUGCCUUCAGGGGACUUGGCCAAUAAUUCAUUGCCAGUUUCAUGCAAAGUUAUUGGAAGGCUUUCAGUUCCAUUUUCAAGCACAACGUUUGUGAGGAAUCUUGGUGAUGAUCUCAUCCAAGAUCUUCAAUUAACAUGGAAUAAACCUGAUUGCAGAGUAUGUGAAUCACAAGGAAAAUUGUGUCAAUUUGAGAACAAUACCAGUGAUAGAAUUCGUUGCUCCGAUGAUUACAAUACAGGUGGUACAUCAAGGGGACUUUUAGCCUUCAGAAUAAUCACAUUAUGCAUAAUUGGACCAGCUUGUAUCUUUGCUGUUGUGUUUGCAUGCUGUGUGUGCUACAGAGACAGAGUUUCCAAUGCUAAUGCUGCAAGGAGAGCACUACAAUUAGCAGCAAUAACACCACAUCCUCCUGAACCUCCCAUUACCACUACUUUGGGUUUGGACGAAACUACAAUUGACUCUUAUGAGAAGCUUGUGCUGGGCGAGAGUAAGAGGGUGCCAGGACCCAAUAAUGGAACAUGUUGGAUAUGCUUGGCAGAGUACAACUCCAAAGAGACCAUUAGAUGCAUCCCUGAAUGCAAACAUUGCUUCCAUUCAGAUUGCAUUGAUGAGUGGCUUAGAAUGAAUUCAACAUGCCCAGUUUGCAGGAACACUCCGAUUCCAUCUCCUUCUCCCCUUCAUGAUAUCAUGUCUAGUAGUGCACCUUGAUUGCUCAAUCAUUAAAAAGCUGUAUCUAUGCGUGUAGAUAUCAUUGCAAGAUUCACAUUUUAUUUGUUAUCUAAUAACUAAUAAGAUGUGGAUGGUGGCA